UGUGUGUACGUGUGUGAGUGUGUGUGUGUGUGUGUGUGUGUGUCUGUGUGUGCGUUUGUGUGCAUUCCUGUCCAGCAGCCAGUCGCAUCUAGCGAGGCUCUCCGUGUGAUGAACAUCUCGGUACUUGAGGACCUUGUCGUUUUUGGAGGAAAAGGAACAGACACAGCAGGCUUUGUUUUGUUGUUUAACGCUGGACUGUGAUCACUGGAGUUACCCCUGGGAUUUUAUGCACUGUCUUUUUCUUUCUUGAUCCAUCGGUGCUGAGUAAUGGAACGGAUGGAGGCCAGAAGAACCCCCAUGAAGCCCAGUCCCCAGGUGACAACAUGAAGGAGACCGCUCCCCAGAGAGCCAGCGGAGUCCUCCUCAUCAGACCUUGCACCAUGAGUCUCAAUCUGCUUUAGAGCCCAACCUGGACAGGAGCCCUCCGUUCUGUUCCUCUCUCUCCCGGCCUCUCCUUUCCUCUGCCCUUCCCUUUCGCCACACAUUCCCUCAAGCCUCCGUUGGCCCCAACCCGCCUGGGCCCUCUGCUCCUGUGAAUGGCCUUAAGACUGUUAACGACAAAGACUGUUCUCCCCCCCGUCCCACUGAAUAAAUACCUAUUUUUUUUAAAAUAAAUUACACUAAGUGUGUAUAUAAAUAUAUAUAUAUAUAUAUCUAUAUCUCUGUGGACAUACUUUUGGAUAUAUCUUUGGAUAGUAACUUCACAAACGGGAUCUAAUUUGAUCCGACUUCAGUGACCAGAGUUCCAUGCUAACAGACCUAGCGGGAUUACGCUCUGCUCUGCCAUCCCUUGCCACAACAUGGACGUCCUGGCGUUUUGUCUGAGGCUGCAGACCGUCCUGGGCGCCUUGCUCGGCGCGGCCUCGGGCCUCGAGUUCCUGGGCACCUCGGGCCAGUGGGCGCGCUACCUCCGCUGGGACGCCAGCACGCGCGGCGACCUCAGCCUGCGCUUCAAGACCGGCGCCUCGGAGGCGCUGCUGCUCUACUUCGACGACGGCGGCUACUGUGACUACCUGCAGCUGGCGGUGGCGGAGGGACGGCUGCGGCUGCGCUUCAGCAUCGACUGCGCCGAGACGGCGGUGGUGUCGGACCGGCGCGUGGACGACGGCCGCUGGCACCUGGCCGCGCUGAGCCGGCUCAACCUGCGCACGGCGCUGGUGCUGGACGGCCAGGCCAAGGCGGACGAGGUGCGGCCCCAGCGGCAGUACAUGAAGAUCGUCAGCGACCUGUUCCUGGGAGGCGUGCCCCAGGACAUCCGCCCCGAGGCCCUCACGCUGCCCACCGUCCGCGACGCCGCGCCCUUCCGCGGGGCGGUCGCCGACCUGACGUACGGCAGCUCUGAGCCCGUGCUGCUGGGCAGCCUGCGGGUGGCGCUGGAGUCGGAGGGCCGCUGCACGGUCAACCGCUGUGAGAACGGCGGCAGCUGCCUGGUGGUGGACCGGGAGCCCUACUGCGACUGCUCCAAGACCGAGUACAAGGGCCGCUUCUGCAACGAAGGGGUCAACAACAAAAUGCCAGGCCUCGCGCAUAUGAUAGCCGAACAAGCUAAAAGCAAAGCGAGGGAGGAGAACGUGGCCACGUUCCGCGGCUCCGAGUACUUCUGCUACGACCUGUCCCAGAACCCCAUCCAGAGCAGCAGCGACGAGAUCACGCUGUCCUUCAAGACCUGGCAGCGCAACGGCCUCAUCCUCCACACCGGCAAGUCGGCGGACUACGUGAACCUGGCGCUGAAGGACGGCGCCGUGUCCCUGGUCAUCAACCUGGGCUCCGGCGCCUUCGAGGCCAUCGUCGAGCCCGUCAACGGCAAGUUCAACGACAACGCCUGGCACGACGUCAAGGUCACCCGCAACCUCCGACAGGUGACGAUCUCGGUGGACGGGAUCCUGACCACGACGGGCUACACCCAGGAGGACUACACCAUGCUUGGCUCCGACGACUUCUUCUACGUGGGGGGCAGCCCCAGCACCGCUGACCUGCCGGGGUCCCCCGUCAGCAACAACUUCAUGGGCUGUCUGAAGGAGGUGGUGUACAAGAACAACGACAUCCGCCUGGAGCUGUCCCGGCUGGCCCGCAUCGUGGACCCCAAGAUGAAGAUCCAGGGCGAGGUGUCGUACCGCUGCGAGAACGUGGCCACCCUGGACCCCAUCUCCUUCGAGACCCCCGAGGCCUUCAUCAGCCUGCCCAAGUGGAACACCAAGCGGAUGGGCUCCAUCUCCUUCGACUUCCGCACCACCGAGCCUAACGGCCUCAUCCUCUUCACCCACGGCAAGCCCCAGGAGCGCAAGGAGAGCGCCAAGAGCCAGAAGAUCACCAAGGUGGACUUCUUUGCGGUGGAGCUGCUGGACGGCAGCCUGUACCUGCUGCUGGACAUGGGCUCCGGGACCAUCAAGGUGAAGGCCACCCAGAACAAGGUCAACGACGGGGCCUGGUACCACGUGGACAUCCAGAGGGACGGACGCUCAGGCACCAUCUCGGUGAACAGCCAGCGCAUUCCCUUCACCGCCAGCGGGGAGAGCGAGAUCCUGGACCUGGAGGGGGACAUGUACCUGGGAGGGCUGCCCACAGACCGGGCCAACCUCAUCCUGCCCACCGAGCUGUGGACCGCCAUGCUCAACUACGGCUACGUGGGCUGCGUGCGCGACCUGUUCAUCGACGGCCGCAGUAAGGACAUCCGGCAGAUCGCCGAGGCCCAGAACGGCGCCGGCAUCAAGCCUUCCUGCAACAAACUGGCGGGAAAGCAGUGUGAGAGCUACCCCUGCAAGAACCGCGGCGUGUGCAAGGAGGGCUGGAACCGCUUCAUCUGCGACUGCACCGGAACCGGCUUCUGGUCGCGCACCUGCGACAGAGAGUCCUCGGUGCUGUCGUACGACGGCAGCAUGUACAUGAAGGUGGUGAUGCCCACCGUGAUGCACACGGAGGCGGAGGACGUCAGCCUGCGCUUCCGCUCCCAGCGCGCCUACGGCAUCCUCAUGGCAACCACGUCGCGCGACUCGGCUGAUACGCUGCGUCUGGAGCUGGACGGCAGCCGCGUCAAACUCACCGUCAACCUAGACUGUAUCAGGAUAAACUGUAACUCCAGCAAAGGACCAGAGACUCUGUAUGCUGGGCAAAAACUCAAUGAUAAUGAGUGGCACACAGUCCGGGUGGUCCGCAGAGGGAAACUCUACAAGCUUACGGUUGACGAUGAUGUAGCAGAAGGGCAGAUGGCCGGCGACCACACCCGCCUGGAGUUCCACAACAUCGAGACGGGCAUCAUGACCGAGCGCCGCUUCGUCUCCAGCAUCCCCUCCAGCUUCAUCGGCCACCUGCAGAGCCUAAGGUUCAACGGUAUGUUCUACAUCGACCUGUGUAAGAACGGCGACAUCGACUACUGCGAGCUCAACGCCCGCUUCGGCGUGCGCUCCAUCAUCGCCGACCCCGUGACCUUCAAGAGCAAGAGCAGCUACCUGAGCCUGGCCACGCUGCAGGCCUACACCUCCAUGCACCUCUUCUUCCAGUUCAAGACCACCUCCCCCGACGGCUUCAUCCUCUUCAACUCGGGCGACGGCAACGACUUCAUCGCCGUGGAGCUGGUGAAAGGGUACAUCCACUACGUGUUUGACCUGGGGAACGGGCCCAACCUCAUCAAGGGCAAGAGCGACAUGGCCCUUAACGACAACCAAUGGCACAAUGUGGUCAUCACCCGGGACAACAGCAACACCCACACGCUGAAGGUCGACGCCACGGCAACCAGCCAGAGCAUCAAUGGCGCCAAGAACCUCGACCUGAAAGGAGACCUGUUCAUCGCGGGCCUGGGCCCCGGGAUGUACAGCAGCCUGCCCAAGCUGGUGGCGUCGCGGGAGGGCUUCCAGGGAUGCCUGGCCUCCGUGGACCUGAACGGCCGGCUGCCCGACCUGCUGAGCGACGCUCUGUUCCGCAGCGGGCAGAUCGAGCGCGGCUGCGAAGGUCCCAGCACCACCUGCCAGGAGGACUCCUGUGCCAACAUGGGCAUCUGCAUCCAGCAGUGGGAGAACUACACCUGUGACUGCUCCAUGACCUCCUACACCGGAACGCAGUGCAACGACCCUGGGACGACGUACAUCUUCGGGAAGGGCGGCGGGCUCAUCACCUUCAGGUGGCCGGCCAACGAGAGGCCGAGCACCCGCAGCGACCGGCUCACCGUGGGCUUCAGCACCUCGCUGAAGGAGGGCAUCCUGGUGCGCAUCGACAGCGCGCCCGGACUGGGGGACUACCUCAUGCUGCACAUACAACAAGGAAAGAUCGGGGUGACGUUCAACAUCGGUACGGUGGACAUCGUGGUCCAGGAGACGAGCACACCUGUGAACGAUGGGAAGUACCACGUGGUGCGCUUCAUCAGGAACGGAGGCAACGCCACGCUGCAGGUGGACAACUGGUCCAUCAACGAACACUUCCCAACAGGGAGCAGUGACAUUGAACGCUAUCACAUGGCCAAUAAGAAAAUUCCUUUCAAAUACGCCAGACCAGUAGAAGAGUGGCUACAAGAAAAAGGGCGGCAGCUGACCAUCUUCAACACCCAGGCCAGCGUGGCCCUCGGGGGCAGCGACCGCGCCCGGCCCUUCCAGGGCCAGCUCUCCGGCCUCUACUACAACGGCCUCAAGGUGCUCAACCUGGCGGCCGAGGGCAACGCCAACGUCAAGAUCAACGGCAGCGUGCGCCUGGUGGGCGACGGCCCCGGCUCCGGGGGCUCCGGGGGCUCCGGGGGCCCCGGCCGCUCCACCGCCACGCCCCCGGAGAUGUCCACCACCUUCAUCGAGACCACCACCACCAUGUCCACCACCACCACACGCAAACAUCGCUCCUCCCCCACGGUGCAGCACUCCACGGACGAGAUCGUGUCCUCCGCAGAGUGCUCCAGUGACGACGAGGACCUGGAGGAGUGUGAGACCGGCCAUGCAGGUGGGCUAGCGCUCCCCACCGGUCCUGGCGUCAGGCGCGUCCCAGGCUCGGCGGAGGUCCUCCGCGAGGCCAGCAGCACCACCGGGAUGGUCGUCGGGAUAGUGGCGGCCGCCGCCCUGUGCAUCCUCAUCCUGCUGUACGCCAUGUACAAGUACAGGAACAGGGACGAGGGCUCCUACCAGGUGGACGAGAGCCGCAACUACAUCACCAACUCGGCCGUGCAGAGCAACGGGGCCCUGCUGAAGGACAAGCAGCCGGGCUCCAAGGGCGGCAGCAAGAAGCAGCAGCAGAACAAGGACAAGGAGUACUACGUGUGAGUGAGGCGCCAGGGCAGCACGCCGAGAGAGAGAGAGAGCGAGCGUGGGCCUGCUCUCGAGCAGAACCAGAGCGAGAGAGUGAGAGAGAGAGAGAGAGAGAGAUUGAGAGAGAUUAAGGAGGAAUGGUGAGAACAUUUAACUCUCGGCGUUCCUGUUUCAGGGAGCUGUUGACACAUGACGAUGGUAUGAUCACGGACCUUGGAUCUCUGUGCCAAGAGGACAACUGCUGACAUGUACUGUAAUAUAAAGCACACUUACUAUUGUAAGCAUACAGCAAAACGGCUAACUAGCAACUUUAGUGACCUUACUCUUCAAUCCAGUUCAGAGACGUUAUCAGUGUAGUAACAAUUAGCAGCUACAUCAUUCUCCUAAGUGACUUUUAGAGCUAUGUGAUCCUCAGUUAAAUAACAAAAAAAAUAGAUUUUUUUGUAUACGUGUUGAUGAUGAAUAAGCUCAUCUUAUCUUGACCGAUUUCAGCAUGUAAGCAACAUGUCGUGCUUAACAAGAGGGGGGUCAAGACACGAGAUCAUUGUAAAAGACAACACACGGGAAAAAAAAGGACUCUUUCCAUUUCAGAAUAUGACAAAUUUGUAUUGUUUAUACAUUAUACAAGUGUGGUGUCUUAUUUAUUUCCUUUUUUGCUGUAAGCAAAAAAAAGAAGAAAAUUACUGUGUAUCAAAUCAAGUGAGCAAAUUAUAAGGGCAGAUCUCGUAGGAUCUUUUAGCUCUGUGGCAUCUGAUUUAACAACUAUUACUCUCACUGUCUCACUGGCGCAGCGACGCAUUGGGACACACAGUUUGCUUGUGGCAAGAAGUGGUUGGUUAAUCUUGUCCUGGUUUAUAAAAAAUAAAAAUAAGCAACUGAUUGUAAAAUGCAUGCCAUCCUGAUACUACUGGAACGGUACAGUACAGUGCAGUACAGUACAGUGAAAAGUACAUUUCACAAUGUUUUCAACGAAAGACUUUGGGUUUUCCUCCAGGCCAAAACGGUUUUCAUCAUCAGACACACAAUCCUUUAUUUAUUUAUUUUUUUAAGCAGCUCUUUUGAUCCUCAUUUCCCUGAAAUGUCCCCUACAGGAAAAAAUAAGUGUGUGUAUAUAUAUAUAUAUAUAUAUAUAUAUAUAUAUAUAUAUAUAUAUAUAUAUAUAUAUAUAUAUCUCUCGAAAUACUUUAGUUGAUUUGCAGCCAGUGGUUGGUGUUCCUUCAGCUCUGUAUGUCGGGUUCAUUGCCUACGGUUCUAUUUUCUAUGGUGUUGUCUGGAGGGCAACAGAUACUAUAACACUGUUAACUAUACAGAAAUAAACCUAAUGUGAAAAAGUGUGAAUUCUAUUUGCUGUCACAGUCGACUGUGUCAAAACAAAAUUUGUUUACAUAUUUUACUACAUACUAGGCGUUGUACUUUGUAGGUAGGAUAUUGUACAUAUGCCAUGACAGUUGUAAUUUUUUAGUACCUCUAUUGUACAGACUGAGCAUAUGGUUUAUCAGUGUAUUUCAUGACAAAAAUCUAUAACUGUUAAUUCACGUGCGGAGAGAGACUUUAACCCAGACCGGGGAAAAUAGUGGUAUCAUGUACAGAGGCUUUUUGUACAGAGAGGAAUCUAUUGUUAGAAGUAGAAGCUCUUCACCAGAGAUGUUACAGAAGUCGUGGCAUGUGAGUGCUUGAGUUGUUGACAGCAGAUGCCGUCUUGAACUCGUCGUUACCCGUGGCUUUCCUGUUCUUGGGCGACACCUGGAGUGUUAUUCUCUCUGAAAGAGACAAAUAAAGACAUAGCUGUUGAUCAGAGUGGACGAGGACUGAGCAGAGCGUCGUUAUGGGAGGAACUGAACGGCACGAGUGCUUCUUAACAUCCUCCUCUUUCUGCAUCAGACGUCCGCCGUUAUGUUGGUUCUUAUUCAUUUCGUACCAUUAACAUGCCUUUUUUAUUUGUUUGCCAAUUUAUUUUGAGUUCUUUCUUUUGUUACUACAAAUGAACACAUUUUCACAUUUUUUUCAGUAAAAUGCUUAUAAAUAAAAUAUCUCUAUAUACAUAA